GCAACUUCACAAAUCAUUCAAGCAAACAAAUUUAGAAACAUUUUUCUUAAAUCUGAGAAAUUCAGUUUUUUCUUCAAAACAUUUGAAAUGGGUUUCCGUUUACCUGCUAUUAGACGAACUUCAUUUACAAGUAGCCAAGCAUCAUCAAAAGCUGUGAAUGUACCAAAGGGCUAUCUUGCAGUAUAUGUUGGAGAGCAAAUGAAGCGGUUUGUUAUCCCCAUGUCAUACUUGAACCAAGCUUCCUUUCAAAACUUAUUGAGUCAAGCAGAGGAAGAAUUUGGAUAUGAUCACCCAAUGGGUGGCCUCACGAUUCCUUGCACAGAAGACAUUUUCAUGGAAAUUACUUCUCGCUUCAAUGGGCUAUAAAUCUUACACUAAAGAAGACUGACAUAGAUUAGCUAGGACACUUUGUAUACUAUAGUCAUGAUUUAGAUUUGUAAAAUUUUUUUUCCCUUUUCCUACCAUUGGAAUGGGUUAGCCUUGUCCAUCUGAAAGACAAAUUCAGCAAGAGAUUGUUUGUUGUUAUUUCUUUCUAAUUCUAAUCAUAAUGACACAUUGUAUUCA